CGAUUUCACACCGUCCACCAUCCGGACAUCCAUCAUGUCAAACGCCAACACAGUACUAUAACGCGGCUGGUAAUACUGGUGCAAUGCACCCCAACGGCAAGGCCAGGAUUCCUGUCAAAGACGUGCAUACGGUGUACGGCCACCCCGAAGAGAUCUCGCUGAGAAUGUAUCGGAACGCGGGCGUGAACGUCCGGCGCGGACGGAACACGCUCGUCACACCGCGCGACGUCGAAAGGGCCAGUGAUGCACGGGAUGCGAGGAAUGCAAGGGAGGUGCGAGGAACGCGGGGGGGUGCGAGGGAUGCGGAGGAUUCGGAGGAGGAGGGCCUGUGGGAACUCCUUCACGAAAUCGACACUGGGUUUGGCUGUGUGCCCGGUGGCGGGGCAUACAAGGAUUAUUGAGAAACUACGGAAGGCAUGGUCGCUGUCGUGUGCUUAAGAUAAGUAGUAUACUUGAUCUUGAUGCAGUCUUGAGCAGUUUCAUUCCGCUGUAUUAAGU